UUAUUAAAAUUUUUCAAUGGCGGUGGUCAACAAUGGAAAAGACGGAGGAUGCUGCAGAUUCUGGUGGAAUAUUGGAAUGUGGCUACAGUUAGCUAUUGGGUAGGUGCUGAUGUAAUUUCUGGAGUUGGACAUGUGCAAGAUUAAACUUCUAGAGGAUCUUGAACUUCAAACUGGCCUUAGAUUUCGUUUAGGAUCCAACACUAAUCCAACACCUGAGGAAAGUGAAGUGGAAGAUCGAGAACCUGUGAAAGGUCAGGUUAUUAAGACUUCAAGUGUCCCUGAGAAGGACGAACUGCAGGAAUGAAAACGCCAUUUAGAUGCCAAAUUCAGUGGAAUUCAUGGGAAUUGGUGGCAACAACUACAACAACAACAAUAGAGAGCUAAAUGAGAGCAGAUAAUGAAGCAGAUAAUCCGGGUGAGUGAAACGUUAAAAUAGUAGAAAAACUAGAAAGUAUGUUAAGUGGACUGGACAGCUAGUAUAGGUAGUUUAAGUCGGACUGCAUAGAAACCUUUUCUUUUCACAAUAAGUGCAGGAUUCGGUAGCAAUAACAAAAUAAAGUUUAGAAAAUCUAUGAAACAAGGUCCUAAACUACUUGUUAUUACUACUGACUCCAAAUGAAUUGUGUUUAGUAUAGUUACUGAUUAUAUCCAGAACAAAACUGAAGAUUCUGUACCAUCAAUCAUUUAUACCUCGGCCAGUGACAAUCUGCUUACGGAAUGAACAACUACAUGUUGGUCUUCCAAUAUGUAUUGUCCCAAUUGUUUCCUUUGGUAUCGGCUCGCUGUAAGAUCGGACUCAGAAUUGCGUCAUUGCCCUAGGUGACUAAUAACCCUUACGCCUUGAAUGGCACGGUACCGGAAGGCUUUGAUGGGGUUGCACCUACUAAUAGGGUAAUGACCGGUUACACAUGUAAUCAGCUAAGAAACGUUGGCCUUAAGUCGAUCCAAACAAAUAAUUAAUCAUUCCAAAGUAGCUAUGGAUCUCACUGGACACGAUAUAAAUGAAAGAUAAGUACAGAACUCAGUACUGUUCAGGC